AUGCCACUUGCCAAGAAGCUCGCCCUCGCCGACGAGACUAUCCAGGAGAUGGGGCUCACCAGCGCACUGAACACACGCAUCGGCGGACGCGAAACCAAGGGCAUCAGCGGCGGGCAGCGGAAGCGGCUGAGCAUCUGCCUGGAGAUCCUCACGCGGCCGCGGCUGCUAUUCCUCGACGAGCCCAGUAGCGGGCUCGACAGCGACGCCUCGUUCCACGUGAUGAACCGCAUCGCCAACCUCGCCGUCAGGGAUGGCAUGAUCAUCAUUGCCGUCGUGCACCAGCCAUGUAGCGAGGUGUUCGAGCUCUUCCAUGGCCUCUGCUUGCUCGCCUCCGGACAGACCAUCUACUUUGGCCCAGCCGCCGAUGCCGCUGAGUUCUUCACAUCAAACGGCUACCCUUGCCCACCAAUGAGAAAUCCCUCAGAUCAUUUCUUGAGGACAAUCAACAGAGAUUUUGAAUCGGAAAAUGAAGAAAGAUCAGUAUUCAAGCCAUCUGCAGCAGACGAAGCAAUAACAAUUUUGAUGAAUGCCUAUAAAUCCUCCAAUAUAUUAGAAAAUGCCAAAAAGGAAAUGCAUGACAUAAAUGAAAUGGGUGGAUUGAUGGUCAGAAGAAACCAAGCCAGUUUCCUGACCAAGGUGUUUGUACUCACCGAAAGAUCAUUUGUAAACAUGUACAGAGAUGUUGGAUACUACUGGUUGAGACUUGGCAUAUAUAUUUCCAUGAGUCUAUGCCUUGGUUCCAUAUAUUACAAUUUUGGCUAUGGAUAUGAUUCUAUUCGUUCUAGAUCAUCAAUGCUAAUGUUCACCGGUGGCCUUCUAACCUUGAUGGCAAUUGGCGGAUUCCCUUCCUUUGUGGAGGAAAUGAAGGUAUCACCCUUUUAUUUUUAA